AGUAAGAAAAGCACAUGGCUAAUGUUUACACAUUACAAAGGCCGCACUACCACAUGAGUUCGCGAUGGACAUUAUCAAGCGUCUCCAAAAUGGGACGAGCCUUCCCGAAAAGCGUCUGAUCAUCGACGAUGUAACAAGCAAAGCUGCUGCGUUCGCCACCGAUAUCGCAGCAGACGACACCAUUUCGGAGAAGUUCGCAACAGCACUACUGUCAAGCGGCGUACCGAUCACUUCGGAGAGAGACGAAGAACGCGAAUGCGAACGCGAGGACUUCCCGCAUCUGCCGGAAACCGCCUCAUCGGCUCUCACUUGCGCCGCAAUGGUUCUCGAGCAUUCCUGUACUCUUCGAAAGAACCGCAGGUGUACGGUACCGCUUUCCGUUUUGAGCUACGCACACUUGAACCCAUCGUUGCCGUGGUGUGAUGAGACGUCCGUGACAAGAUCAAAGGAACUCCUCAAGCUCAUCAAAGGCACAGCUUCUCCUGGUGACAUUCCGGUGGGCGUAAUACAUUACAUUCAGGCACACUUAAGGAAAGACACCUGGAAGAAGAACCCGUGUUACCGCCACAUUUUCAAAGCAGCAAUGUCCGAGAUUCAUCUCCCAAAUCUAUACAGCCACAUUGACGUCGUUUUCCCACCUGCCCUACUGCUCGUCGAUGACUACAUGACGCACAACCAACUUCUCGGAUUGAUGUGCGUCAAGCACAUCCUAACUAACGUUGCCCCGACCGAGUUAGAGUGGCGAGGCAGACACGAAGUUAUCUACGACGCACUCAAGCACCUGUUGUACAUCCGCGAAGCACCAGUCAUCCACGCAUUGUACGACUGCCUCCACCGGUUCCUGUUCUCCAGCGACGUCCAGUCGGUUUCACUGUUGAGAGCGCACGAAGAACACGGCCUCCGCGAAAAGUCGGAAGAAGUGUUCCGCGAGAUGCUGAGGGGUGCGGAGGCAGAGCAGAAGAUCGUCAUCCGCGAAGCAUACUCGAGACACUUGGCUCCGUACAUUUUGGGGAUGGGGGUCGGAGUGUUGAAGUACCUGCAGACGACCCUGAGGGUCGUUCUCGACUACAUCGACGUGUACGACACGGCGGAACAGACGUGUCGUCGAAACGCGCUGGUCGCUCUGCAGGCUCUCGUUAAGGUUGCUUGGCCCGUGAUUGGCUCUCGUUUUGACGAGGUCGUCAAGGCGCUAUUUCGUCUCGCUUACGACCUGGACGAGAGGGGAUGUGACGUGAUGGACGACGAACUUCGACGUUGUUUAAAGGUACUGAAGGACGCUUGUCCGGAGGAACAUAAAAAUUUCGUAGGGGAGUUGAGCGGCUUGAAGGAAGAAAACAUUCCCGGUGUGGAGAGACUGUUGUCAUGUUUAGACUAGCUCGCUUCGAUAGCGAACACUAAAGAAAUAAAUGCGGCAUUUUGUUUUC